ACUUACAUUUGCUUAUUGCAAUGAUAUUCGUAUCGUUUUCUUACGUAUUUUCGUAAGUAACGAAAAAUGCGUGUCAUCCAUUAACCACGGCUCCUUACGAAAUGUGUCUCAAUGACUGAUACCGUUAUCAGGUAAAUUAGCGCGAAACAAUAGCGUCCAAACUUUCAUGCGCUGCCCCGAAACUAUAUUAUCACAGCCAUGCUAAUUGUGCGCGUUCGCUGCUUUUAUCACUCAUUUUCUUGGCCCGAUAAGAUUAGAACAGUCAUAUGGCGCGUACGAACGCCAUCUUUAAUCUUGUAAUAAGAUUUUCGUAAAUAAUCAAUUAAUAUUCAAGAUUGAUAGUUUUUUGUUUUAUGAGGUUUUAAUGAUAAUGUGGUGAUGAUUUUGUGUGUUUCUACGCAAGAAAUGAGUGAUAUUGUUUAUAGCCAUGCAUAAUCCAAGGCCGCUUGAGUUUAUUUCUUGGAUCGAGCCACAUCGCAGUCGAUCGUCGUCGUGGUCUUCGUGGCGAAGGACGAGUAAUUCUAUUCGACCGGAACCGAGACUGUCUUUACAAUAUCAGACUGAUGAAAACAGCUUCCUGCUUCGGUUGAAGAUAGUGGGGGCGUAUUCAUUAGCUAAAAAAGACAUUUUUGGUGCUAGUGACCCAUAUGUCCGCGUGGAACUGCAAAAGGUGGACGGUGAUGUCACGAUUGAAACUUUUCUUACGAAAACCAAGAAGAAGACACUGAAUCCAAUAUGGAAUCAGGAAUUCGUAUUCAGGGUGAAGCCGCAGGAGCAGAAGCUGCUGAUCCAGGUGUUCGACGAGAACCGGCUCACGCGCGACGACUUCCUCGGCAUGGUGGAGAUCCCGCUGGCCGGCGCGGCGCCCGAGAGCGCGGCGCUCGGCCGCGCGCCGCCCUGCAAGUACCCGCUGCGCCCGCGCAGGUCUGUCGCGCGCUCGCGGGUGCGGGGGCACAUCGAGGUGUACCACGCGCUGGUGGGGCGCGCGGGCGAGGCCGCCGGCGCCGCGCCCGAGCCGCCGCCCGACGGCUGGGAGCUCGUGGAGCCGGCGCCGCAAGUGGGCGACGUGCAGCCGGUGUCGUCGCUACCGUCGCUGACUGGGGACGACUGGCAGCUGGUCGAGGCCACGGACUUUGACGUUGCGAUUGGCGGGGACGUCCUGCCGCCAGGUUGGGAAGAGCGACAGGACGCUAACGGGCGCACGUACUACGUCAACCACAUAGCUCGCUCCACGCAAUGGGAAAGGCCCACGCUCACGCGUAACAUAAGCAUAGAAUCGCAAGCUGAGCGCAUGGAGACAGCGGUGACGGAGUUCCAGCGGAGAUUCCACAUAUCCGCGGACGACGAGCUCGCGCCCACGCGUGGGCUCAGUCCGGCCCCGGGGACGCCCACGCCGCCAACGAGCCUACCGGCGACGUUGACCGCGUCUCCGCCCACCAGCCUGCCUUCUAUGCCCGCCGCGCCUUCCCAGGAGGAUGUGAGUGAUAGGCGAGCGGAAUCGACUGAAAACACUCCUUACUCAACGCCAAUCCUUUCCCCGGAGCUGAAGGAGCAAGUGCCUGUUGAAACUACAACAAACAUAAGCAAUGACUGUGAUACUAACCUAGGAGAUAAUCAUAAUGAGGAAGACGAUGUCGUAUGUGCACAUGAAAAUGUUCACCGCACGACAGAGGCAGACAAUAAUCAGACAGAGGCAACUGUCGAUAAUGCUCAAGAUUCAACUAAUGAGAAUCAAAAUUCUAGUCAAGAAACGGAUGAAUCCGAAGUUAACGAAGUUGAAAUACAACCUUCCAAUGGAAUUAAUGAAAUUGCAAAUGAUACAGAAUCUAAUGAAGUCGUAGAUCAAGAUUUAGAUGAUAGAGACGAUGACGCGAGGACUGAGAUUGAGGAAAUAACCUUUGGAAGGGAAAGGACCUUGACGGAGGAGACUGGUGACGAUUCGACGGAGUCCUUGACGUUUGAUGAAAACCAUUUCAGCACGCCUACUGGAGGGGUAACCCCGGAGAGGAGACAAUCGACCUCAAGGCGAAGGCGGACUACAACAAGCUCUAUGGAUGACUCGGAGGACGACACGGACGGGUCCACGGAGAGCACCAGGAGCAGUUCAUCGAGCACUAGCCACAGUCAAAACCUUCCCAACAGUGACGGGUUGCCACCCGGUUGGAGCAUGCAGCGCGCCCCCAACGGCAGGGUGUUCUUCAUUGACCACAACCAGAAGACAACCACUUGGAUAGACCCCAGAACUGGUUGUGCGUCGAGUCUGCCCAGCGCGGCGGCCGCCAACGCUGGUACGGAGGCCGACGGGCUGGGCCCGCUGCCGGAGGGCUGGGAGGAGCGCGUGCACACUGAUGGAAGGAUCUUCUUCAUUGAUCACAACACGCGCACGACGCAGUGGGAGGACCCGCGGCUGUCGAACCCGCAGAUCGCGGGCCCGGCCGUGCCCUACUCCCGCGACUACAAGCGCAAGUACGAAUACCUCAAGAGCCAACUGCGCAAACCCAGCAACGUACCGAACAAAUUCGAGAUCAAAGUGAGAAGAAACUCCAUCUUAGAGGACUCCUACCGCAUUAUUAGUUCCGUUAACAGAUUGGACCUACUCAAGACCAAGCUAUGGGUCGAGUUCGAGUCGGAAGUUGGAUUAGACUACGGAGGCCUCGCCCGCGAGUGGUUCUUCCUGCUGUCCAAGGAGAUGUUCAACCCGUACUACGGUCUGUUCGAGUACUCGGCGAUGGACAACUACACUCUGCAGAUCAACCCCAAUAGCGGCGUGUGCAACGAGGAGCACCUCAACUACUUCAAGUUCAUCGGCCGCGUCGCCGGCAUGGCCGUGUACCAUGGGAAAUUGCUCGACGCAUUCUUCAUCCGUCCUUUCUACAAAAUGAUGUUGGGCAAAUCCAUUGAGCUACAGGACAUGGAGUCGGUGGACUUGGAGUAUUACAACUCCUUGAUGUGGAUCAAGGAAAACGACCCGUCGGAGCUGUACCUCACGUUCGCGGUAGACGAGGAGCAGUUCGGCAAGACCAUCCAGCGCGAGCUCAAGCCGGGCGGCGCCAACAUCUCCAUAGACAACGAGAACAAGGACGAGUACAUUAAGCUGGUGAUCCAGUGGCGCUUCGUGAGCCGCGUGCAGGAGCAGAUGUACGCCUUCCUGGAGGGGCUGGGCGCGCUGGUGCCGCUGCCGCUGCUGAAGAUCUUCGACGAGAACGAGCUCGAGCUGCUGCUGUGCGGCAUCCAGCACAUCGACGUGCGCGACUGGCGCGCCAACUCGCUCUACAAGGGCGACUACCACGCCAACCACCUCGUCGUGCAGUGGUUCUGGAGGGUGGUUCUGUCGUUCUCCAACGAGAUGCGCUCGAGACUGCUGCAGUUCGUGACGGGCACCUCCCGCGUGCCCAUGAACGGGUUCAAGGAGCUGUACGGCUCCAACGGGCCGCAGCUCUUCACUAUCGAGAAGUGGGGCUCGCCCGAGAACUACCCGCGGGCGCACACGUGCUUCAACCGCAUCGACCUCCCGCCCUACGAGAGCUACCAGCAGCUACGGGAGAAGUUGGUGAAGGCCAUCGAGGGCUCGCAAGGGUUCGCCGGGGUCGACUGAGCCUCGCCGCGGGCCCACGUGCAAAAUUUCCUCAGGGCCUUACACUCGUUAUUAUGACGGCGCAUCAUUUGAUGAUGGCGGCUAUAGUAACAUAUAGUUUUCUUUUUCAAUCUGUAUUUAAAUAGCACAGCGAGCGAAAAAAACAUAGAAGCAUAACUUCUGCUCAAAAAAGGCCCCAAACAAAAGCAAAGCCUCGGUGGGAGUGGCUUAUAAAGUGUGCCCCGCAUGCCUUUAGUUAGUCACAAUGGUGACAGAUUGGCGGCCAAUCACGUCGAGUCUUGUACUGCAUGACAUUCAGUAGAACCAAUCAUCUCGUGCGCACAUGGAUUGAUUGGUACUCAUUUAAUUUUGGCAACUUUAAUGUAUUUUUCGUUCGCUGUAAUAGCAGUUGUAGUUACGCCUUAGGGCAACACCCACCGGGAACGGCAUUGCAGUACCCUUAGUAAAACAUUUGCUUGCUCACAAUCGAGAAGUCGUUUUAUAUUUAUUGUUUAUAGCUCAAAUUUGGGUGCAAUUCUUUGGGACUUUUUGCAGAACACUUGUAAUAAAAAUCAAAUUCACAUGUAAAAUUGUCUACAGUAUGUAUUAUCAACAAGUUGGUACUCCUUUGAUAAAUAUAUAAACAAAUAAUUGACCAUAGGUACGUUGGCUGCCGCACCUAUAUUAUGUACUUACCGCUAUAGCCCGACUCAAAAUUUAUGUCAUCGGCAUAAAUUAUCGGCUUAUUAUUUACGUAUAAAUUUACUAACGGUAAAAAUAAAAUGCUCUGCUCUGCACUCAUUCACCGGUCAUUAUUGUCGGUAUAUAUCCCAACGACCAACGGCAAGAAAUACAGAUCCCCGCAGUGGCGUGCAUUUCAUACACGCACAAAAGCACUGCAUACCCAAAUUGUCUUAUAUAGCUCAAAUUGGAGGGGAAUAUUUCUAUUUUAUUCUAUAUAUCUGCUUUAUGCAUAACCUGGCUGAAGACCCUGUGCACGCCACUGGAUCCCCGACUAAGCGGGGCGAGAUCGAGGGAAUAAAACGAACCGCUGGACGCAAACGUCACAAGAAAUAUGUAAACUAUAAAACCUAUGCAGCGGUGGAUGUGCAUCGUUUGCUAUGAUGAUGAUAACCCUAUAACUCACAUGGUAACCACUUGUUGAAGGUCAGCCCAGCCCGGCUGUGGGUUUAUUCACUGUGCAGAUUAAUGACUAUUUUUGAGGUCAGUAUCAGCAUCAUUUCAAACAAUUGACGUCCCCUGCUGGACAUAGGUCUUAUGUAGGGAGUUGCACAACUCACGGUCCUGGGCCGCUUGCCUCCAGCGGCUCCCAGCGACUCACCCGUCCACCUCUUUGGGGGCCGACCU